CAAAGUAAGCUAUUGUAUAAAUCUCAAUGCAUAACUAAAUAGUUUAACAUAGUGUUAAAUAUACUUACUAUAUAAAACACGCAGUUGACAGGACACAACAACACCCAAAAAAACAUAAACCAUAAAACACAUAUCGGGAGAGUUUAAUUAAAAUGACAGCCCGGGUUUUUCGCGAUAACAAAACUAUGGCUCGCGUGAGUCGUCGCGUUACGGAUGUGUCAUCCACCAACACAAGACUGACAUCGGAAGUGCUUUCAGAAGAUACUUCAAGUAUUUAUCCGUCCUUGGAGGUAACACUGCCCCGCACUCCAUUGCUGAUCAUGGACUAUGUGCAGUUCCUGGCUGCCCGCACGAUACAGCGGAACUGGCGAUGCUUUUCCGGACGUAAGAGAAUCGUCAAUUUCGAGAAGGCAGCCAUAACCAUACAGCGUUGGUGGCGCGGAUACCAUGUGCGAAGUCAGUUCAUGUCGAUUGUGGAGUGUAAGCUGCAGAAUACGUUGGUUAACUACUACAAUAAUGCGGCCACUAAGAUCCAGGCUCUGUUCCGCGGCUGGUGGACUCGACGAACCGUGCACGAUAUGAGUGCUUUGAAGAGGAUGCAGACUUGUGCCGCACAGGAUCUGCUGAAUUGUGUGGCCUUUAAGCUGCAUCAUCUGCUGCGUACUUACUCCAUUCCGGGUGUUUACUCAAUCCGCGAUUCAAAAUGUCUGUCGCGUGUGGAGAAACUGUUGGCCAGCAUUCGGUUUCGAUUCCACAAUGGACGCGUCCACAAUGCAAUGAUGAGCCGUGAAGCGGUGCUCAAGACACAUAGACAAAAAUUUCGUGAUAAUGCGUACUAUACUACAGUUCCAUAUAAGGGGCCCAAUGAUAAACGAGCUUGUAAGCCUCAUUGCGAAGAAUUCCUGAACAAAACGGCCGAUUUGGACAGUCGUAUGUAUAAGAUAAUUGAAGCUUACGAUGAAUCACUGCGUGAUGCCAAAUCGAGAUUGACUCAAUAUAAUAUGGCUGAAAGAAGGCGACGCAGACGCAUCAGAUUGAUCCUUGAGCAGAGAGAGAGGCACAAGUGCAACUUCUGUGCCGAUGUCGUUGCCAGCAUGCGACGCUGGAAGAUCUGGGACACUGAAAAAUUUACUAUUGCCAAGGACAUCUUUCGUAACCCUGGCAAUUUGGAGCAAUUCCUCAAUGAAGCCAGCGAGAUUGUUGAGGAAAUUCAGGGGCGAUGCCAUUGCAAAAUUACCCUUCACGAUGUAGUUCAAUGUCAUUGACUUUGACAAUCAAUCGAUGGGUCAGUAGUGUUUGAUGGGAACUAAAAUUAUAAUUGUAUACUGGGAUGUCAAAUGGCCUAAAUAAAAUAUCCUUCUAUACUA